UUUGUAAAGAUGCUCAAACUUUUCUUACAUAAACAUCAGAAUCUGAGACUUGUGUUAUAGGAGUCCCAGACAGAAUGAAGCAUGAAAUAUCUUGUUAAGCAGCUUCUAUGGAAAAACAUUAAUCAAGGCACCCGUUUAGCAUGUAAACCUACGUGUAGAAGGUGGUUAAUGGCUGAUGUCACCCUAGGGUUAGACAGAUUUAGAAAAAAUGUUGACAAAACCUGCUCAAGUUUCAAGAAGGAAAAUGUGAGGAAAGACAUUUUAUUUAAAAAUAGUAAAACAAUUCCAGAAGAUGAAGUAGAUUCACAUCUUCUAAACAUGAUCUACAUAGCAACCACUGAUGAAGAGGUCAAGGUCUGUGCAGAAAUAGCAAACAGAACUCCAUACAACAGACCUAGAAUUCCAAACAAACCUACAAUGACUGAUCAAUUCAACUAUGGUCCUUUACUGAUGAGAAUGCUACAUAAUUUGAGGAAACCUCAUAUAGCUGUUUCUUUCAUGGAGGACAAGGAUUUAAAAGAAAUGUUGCAUCAUCCAACCACAUGUCUUAUUUACAUGGAUCUCCUUUAUGAAGCUGGAUUGUAUGAGAAAGUGGUAGAAUUUUACGAGAACACAUUCAAAGAAAUAUUCGAAAGAGCCAAACGUAAACAGAAAAGUGCAGGUCUACUAUUGUAUGACAUGAACCAUACUACAAUAACAGUGGCAGCACUGUACAAACUGAAUUCACAAGAGUCAUUACAAAAAGUAGUGAAUUUACUUAAAGGAAAGUUACAUGAUGAUGAAGGAUUUUUAUCUAAUCGCACCAGGGCAUUUGCAGCAGCUUUGGCGCUUAAUCAGAAUGAAACAGAAUUGGCAUUAGAUUUUAUAGACAUGUCUGAAACCAACCCUUCUGUAUUUAACAAAAGUCUUAAGAUAAUAAUCCUGUCAAAAUUAGACAGAGCACACCAAGCAUUAGAUCUACUGGUACGAAUGACAUCUGUAGGGACGGUGGCACAACAAUUGUAUAUAUUCCCAGACUGUCUUGAAGCUCUGAAAGAAGCUAUAAACAAGUCAGAAGACAUGGAACUUGCACAAACGUAUGAAGAAAAAGUCGAACAUUUACAGACCAAUGGAAAAUUACAAAAACAAUCUUUGUUUGAAGCUUUAAAUGAGAAUCUAAUGAAUUCCAAGAGAGGUGCAAUACGCUAUAGAUUUACACAUGUCUCAGGAAAUAAGGACAUGAGUGAAAGCAGAAAAAUUGAUGUAAAAUCAUUUACACAGGAGUCAGAAAUUUCUUUAAAGUACCGUCAGAUGGACAAUGGGUACAGAUACCAACCAAAACUGAAGCAAAAACAUAGUAAAACAUAUGAUAAUCUGUUGAAAGUACUGAAGAGUGAUAAGAAAUAGAGUAAUGUUUUCCUUUUACUGUAAAUUAAUAAAGCGAGCAUGAUGAAUGAAGUGUCUUCAUGAUACAUCAGUUUUUAUUGUCAUUGUUUUUAAGAGUGAUACAUUGUUAUUUAAAUAUUUGUAGAUAAUUUUUAUGAACUGUCUAACAUAUAAGUUCCAUAUGAAAUGCUGACUCAACAUUUUGCAAUCAAUAUUCCAUAUUUUAUUUAUUAAGUUAUAAUCCUGGUACCUUUGAUAACAAUUUAAAGUAAAUAUGAAAAACUUUUACUGUGAUCAUGCGAUUAAUAUUUUAUUGGUAUAAUUUUAAAUUUUAAAUUUAAUUAAGUCUUAGAUUAAAAAAAACAUCAUUUUUAAAAAAGGAGGAUUUCAGAAAUGUGACCAUAGCAGAGUGCACAAGUUGGUUUGUCCUGCAGUAAAAGUUUUACAUUAUACGUUUAUAAAAUUUAUGCAGAUUUUGUUUUUAACAAUAACUUAGGUCAGUUUGAGUUGGAAAAAUUUUGUUUGUAAAUACAAUGUGUUGACAAAGAUGUUAGUUUUUAACAACAUUGCCUGGCUAUUCAGCACUUGCAUGGUCAGCUAAACAAUGUUUUGUAAUAUGUUUUAUUUCUUUUAUACAUUUUCACUAAAUAGUCCUUAUAUGUUAAAAAGCUAUGUUUUUGUAAAUGUUUUUGUUAUUGAUUAUUUUUUGUUGUAUCAAUAAAUUAAAAAUGUUAUUUCA